ACUAUUGGACUCUUUGGUAAUUAUUUUACAGUAGUUUUCUUCGCUUAACUCAAAAUGACUUGAAUCGGAAGUACAAUUACUAUGCUUCUGUGUAAUUGGUAAUUCAAUAAUGUAACGUGACAUGGAUUGUUGGAUCUGUCCAACGGUGUUGCUUGUGUGCGUGUGCAAAGUGUAGUAUAUUCAAUGGUCGCCGUUUGCUAGUUCUUUUUUUACAAUUUAGUUUUGAAACGUUUUCGUGGACGCUGGAUACGCACAGUGUGCACUCCUUCUGGCGUGGAUCCGUCGGAAGUAAAGCGGUCGGUGAUCAAAGCCAAGUUCUCUUUCCUUUCGGGACAAACUAGUUAACCGGAGAAAAGAUGAAUUUGUUAGAAUAAAAAACCCAACUCUAGAGUCAAGAGGGAAGUAGGUAGGAGACCCCGACGUCCCAUAAAAAAGCCGCCUUACAGACGGGGGAAGGCUAGCGCCAGAAAUAUCGUAAUACUUUCUGCUAAAAGCCACGGGGCUACUUUACUUCCCUCUGUGUAAGCUCUCACCCUUCCUGCCCAGUGACCAUCAGCUGCAGUGCGGUAGAACGCGUCUCUAAUCUGGCCAAGUGCUGCACAUCGGAAACUAGCACAUAAACGAGACGAAAAGGCAUCGUCACGGCAGGGCUUUUUAAAAGAUACUGAAUCUAGAAGGUCACCGUUCUCCACACGUACGAUCGCCACAGCAUAGUGAAACCCUAGCAACCAACCACGGCCACCGCCAGCCUAGUUGAAAGCGAUGGAUUGUCCGCACAUUGUCGACAAUGUAGCCCUCGGAAAGGACUCAAUAAAGGCCGCGAAGAGCAGCACCACUAGCAUCGUUUCCGCGGCCGGACGACCUUCUUCACCUGUAAUCUGCCUACCGACAGCCGCUGGCAUCGUUCCUCCUGCUGCGGACAAACCGCCCGUCGAUGCGGUUGUUUCCCCAGCACCCUCAGCAGCAGCAGUUACUCAUGUGGCUGUGUGUACUGCGUCAUCAUCGCCAACAGUACCGUCGAGACACUGGAAAUGUGCAGAAUGUUCUAUCAGCAAAGACAACUGGAUGUGUUUGCAGUGUGGCGUAGUCCUGUGCGGCCGAUACGAUAAUGGUCAUGCACUAAAGCAUUCAAAUACGAAUCAGAACCACAACAUUUGCAUGAACACCUCGAAUCAAUCAGUAUACUGUUACAAAUGUGAUGAAUUCGUGAUAAACGAUACCAUCGAGAAUGUCUUGGAAGAAAUACGGCAAGAGUUAAAAGAGGGAAAUGGCGAUCAGCUGGACACAAUAUCGGAAACAUCCUCCACGCUGGAAGAAAUAAGCUCUUCGAAGUCGAUACAGGAAACGGCCAGUACGUCCUCGUCCAGCGAUUCUGGUUGGGAGGAACCAGCCCCCAUCCCCUCACUCCCAAUUCCGGCGCCAGCAGCUGUCUCCUCGGUCACAGUGAGUGCACGGAAGUUGCGCCCCCGCAAGCGUACGAUAUCGAGCGACAGUAACAAUGAAAACGGAGCAUCAACUGCAAAACGGAAGUCAAUGCGGCGGGUCGUGGGACUGCGCAAUCUUGGCAACACCUGCUUCAUGAACUCAGUAUUACAAUCGUUGAGCAAUAUUCAGGAGUUUAGCUGUUACUUCAACACGAUGCCCGCGCUGGAAACGAAACACAAACAAAAGGCGUACCAUUCGCGCAGCAUGAAAGAAACACUGGACGAUGUGUUCGUGGUGGAGGAACUACGCAAAGUCCUGCUGAAUCUUAGUCAAGGUGGCGACGGUUCGAAGGGUGCCAUCUCACCCGAAUGUUUGUUCCUCGUCAUCUGGAAGGUGGUUCCGCAGUUUCGCGGUCAUCGCCAACACGAUGCCCACGAGUUUCUGCGCUAUAUGCUCGACCGCUUGCAUACGGAGCUGCAGCAGGUUUCCUUGCCCAUGGAUCUCGGAGGUCAGAAGCCGGGCGAAAGCAAAAACCCCUAUAAUGUGUCCGGUUUGAGUCAUCUGCAGGCCAAAGGUCGCCAUUCGAUCGUCACGAACGUGUUCGGCGGUGUUCUGCAGAGCGAAGUGCGCUGCCUGAUCUGUGGUAUGGAGAGCAAAAAACACGACCCAUUCCUCGAUCUGUCGCUGGACAUUCCUGAGAAGUACUACAGUAAAGAUCAUUCGGCGGAAAGCGGCAAUGGAGGGGAUGCGGCAAACAGUACCGGAAGUUCACCGGUAUGCCACAUUUCCGAUUGUCUGCAAAGUUUUACAGAGGUGGAAGAGUUGGCAGAGACGGAGCUGUACUAUUGUAAUUCCUGCAAGUGUAAGCAAAAAUCAACGAAGCGGUUCUGGAUUCGCCGGUUACCAAAUGUCUUGUGCUUGCAUAUAAAACGAUUCAGAUGGAACAACUUUUACAGAACGAAAAUUGAUCUGAGAAUAGCGUUUCCCAUCAACGCUUUGGACAUGUCACAGUUUGUUCUCAACAAUGGGCCAGAAACCCGGCGAUCAAAUUCCAGUUGCAAUAUUUAUGAUCUAGCUGCUGUUAUCGUUCAUCAUGGUAAUGGAUCUAGUUGCGGUCACUACACAUCGUUCGCUAUCAACAAUGGUGUCUGGAUGCACUUCAACGACCACACUGUCAAGGAGGUGAGCAGUUCCGCCGUGGCUGAAUGUAAGCCGUACAUUCUUUUCUAUAUCAAGCGGGAUCCAACGAAUGCCAAUCGACCGUCGACCACACUCACCACCACCGCCACCGCCGUCGCCAAUACAUCCGGCGGAUCAGCGACCGCCAAUCAGUCAUCCUGAGAUUAAGUUGUUUCAUUUUGUAAAGACUGACUUAUCGAUCCGUAACUUUAACUUCCGACUGAUCCUAGAGCGUUCUGAAAUUCAAUGCAAGGGGACAAAAGAACAAACAAAAAAAGAUAUAUAUCUAUAUAUAUAUAAGAAAAAGAUGGUCUGCGAGAUAAUGUGGUCCAUGAAUGCAUUUUGGGUAUGGAUAAAUGACGAUGUUCGAUGUCAUUUUAGGUUGACUAAACCGAUUGCAUGCGCAAACGGGUGGAAGAAGCGGAAGGCUGUUCUCGAAGGCAGUCCUAGACAGAACAUUUUUUCGCAUGCAUCUUUGGAACGUGCAUCAUUGGAACGGAAUUUGUUUCCAUUCUGUUUGUGAAACAAAGUUUCUACAAGAAAUCAAGAUUAUUAUCCUUGGCGUACUGGGAGUUUGAGUGUGCAUACCUCGACGAUGUUCUUCUAGUAGGCUGUAAUGAAAUUAAGUAGAAAAGUAGGACAAAACAAGCAAACAAAAAUAUGUUGGAGAGAAAAAUGGAGAACUGUACAGUAUACUAUAGGGAUAUAUAUAUAUAUAUAUAUAUAUAUAUAGAUAUAAAUAUAGAAACUAGUAUAUUAAUAUGAGCACCACUUCACAAGGUUAGAUGAAUAUUAUAAAUUUAAUCUAUACCUUCUCCUUAUACCCUUUGUUUGUAACUGAAACUGAACGAAAAAAAAAUAGAUAGAUCCACCCAAGCCCAGUGCCCAAUUUGCAGAGCUCCGCAUACAUUUUGUUGUGCCGAUGUUCCAUUAAUGACUACCGCAACGUAGUUCGAUAUGAAUUUGAGACUGUUAUGAAUUACUCGAUACACAUUUUCAAUCAUAACUUUCGAUAUUCGUUCACUCCAUGUGUGGUACCAUCAUAAACAGUUCUGCUGUAGCACUUUAAAACCAUCUGACCAGGCGAGUCAAUAGAAGCACGGAAGAAAAAUUAAGCCAUCCGUACACUUUCUUCAUUGGGCAAGAAAACUGAUUUAAUAUGUGAUAAAAAAGAUGCAUUUUAGUUCUCAUAAAGGAGAGUGUAUGUGGAUCUUUCGUGCAACUUUCGUGCAUGUUUCGUGUUUGCCCGCGCGUGUGUGUGAGUGUGUGCGUGUGUGUGUAUGUACUUUCUAUUUGUUUGAGCUGGUACAGACAUAAUUUGGGAGAACCAAUUUGAUCAAAUCGCUAAAAAUCAUCCUGUCGCCAGUCCGUAUGGCGUAUGGAUAAGCAAACAGUAAUUCGAAGCUUGUAACCAUGUAAGAAUUUGUGAGAUGCUUUUUUAUUGAACGAUACACUGAUAGUAUAUAUUGCCCUUAAGCUUAAGAGAAUCAUAAGUAUAGUUUUGAAAUGAAUACUUUUUAAGAACAUUCUCAAAGAGGCCGCUGAGUUUUGUGAUGAUUUUUUUCGGUUCGAUAUGUUUUGUGAAUUGUAGUUUUAAAGUUUCGUUUCUUUCUACUAACGAGGCCAGGUUACAAGCAAAAUGCUGGUAUGGUUUCUUCAUUUUUCUUAAUGCUCUGCCUUGUGUUAGUUUCAUUACGUUGUAACAACACUUAUCCAACACGUGCAAACCUAAUUGCCGGGUUGAACGUCACCUACAAAAAAAACCAAAACAAAAUAAUACCCCCAAUCUCUUGAAAAUUUUCAAAUUAAGUCACGCAAACAAAUAACAAACAGGCAAAUUUAUAUCAGAUUGCAAUAUAAUAGUAAAAAUACUCCCUUUUUAAAACACAAGAAAGGACAAAAAGCAUAAUCAUAACCAGCAAGGCGAGGUAAGCCUUUCCAUUUACGCGAGUGCAAGACGACGUUGUUGAACGUAAUGAAUCCGGCUUUAAAAACUCUUAUUUCGUGUGUCACACAGUAAAUAUGAUGGAAGAAAAGCAAUGUCCGAUCAACAAAACAAAACGUACUAUAAGAGUAUAAGCGAUAUUAGUUAACUAAAAGGAUACAAAAAUUAAACUUUUCAAUCAUACACUGUA